AUGGGAAGGCUGAAAGAGAAAAUAGAACAUUGGUGGAAGCAGCAAGGACAAUGUUACAUGAAGAAAACUUACCGAAGAAACUUCUUUGGCACUGAAGUGUAUGUUCACAUUCCGAAGGAAAGAAGAAGGAAAUGGGAUCAGAAAGGUGAAAAAGGGUUAAUGCUCGGUUAUAAAGAGGAUGUGAAAGGAUAUAGAAUUUAUUUUUCCCAAAGGAACACAGUGGCAACUAAGAAAGAUAUUGUUUCCUUAAAGCAAGAUGGUAAGAAGGAAAAAGAAUCUAUAAAGGAAGAUAAGGAAAAAGAAUCUGUGAAGGAAGAUAAGGAAAAAGAACCUAUGACGUCAAUAGAUCUAGAUGAGUUCAUACAAGAUAGUAAUAGUAACGUGGGGACAGAAGUCAGCGAGUUAACUUCGAGCUUAGAUGGGACAACGGAAACUUCAAGCACUGAUGAA